CAGAAGCAACACACUUCGGACGUGACUGUCUUCCAUCACCCCCAGGCCAGGACCAUCUAGUUGCACGAAAUCAAGCCCAGGGCUCUCACUGAUUCUGCAUUAUGCCAGGUAAAGGGAAGAAAGGAAAAAGCCGGGGCAAGGCUCAUGGGAAGAAGCAGAAGAAACCAGAAGUGGACAUCCUCAGCCCAGCUGCAAUGCUGAACCUCUACUACGUUGCCCACAAUGUCGCUGACUGCCUGCACCUGCGUGGCUUCCGGUGGCCAGGUGCUCCCAAAGGGAAGAAAGGGAAAAGCAAGAUUUAAGUGAUGGCAUUUCAUGACACAUCUCUGUUACAGAGAUCAGAAUGUGGGAAAGAGAAAUCAGGAUAAUACAACUAUAUCAAAAUAGACUUUACUGAAGACAACUUGAAAUGUAAGCCAAGGGUGCUUUUCUGUGGCAGUUAAUAAUAAAGAAAUGCAAUUUACUUCUUCAGGUAGACCAGGCAUGGUUAGACACUUUGAUUUUUCAGAAGUUAAGGGGGGGGGAAAUAGUCUGAGUAGUUCCUACCAAGUGUGAUGGAAUUGAUUGUAUGUUAAAAAUUAUUAUAAUCGUAAUUCUGGGUCAGAAUUAAACUUCGCUCUCAAAAGGCAGUUCUAGUUUGCAUGAGCUAUUUUCUGUUGCCAAAAGGGGUUUGUUAUUUACAGAAGACAUGGCAAAAAGCAUAGCUUAUACUUAUGAACAUUCCUCUCUUAGG